CUCAAACACUCUCUCUCUCUCCUAAACUCCCUGCUUCUUCCUCUCUCCUCAAACUCGAUCCAGUUUCUGCCUCUCUCUCCUCAACCUCGCCGCUCAAAUUUUCCUCCGGCAAGGUUCUUGCACAAAAAUUCGGUUUGUAAAUGAGGUUUCGACAACGGAAGAGGGAGAAUCGGGGCCGUAGAAGAGGUGGAGGAGGGUGUCGGAGGUGGAAGCGUCAUUGAAACCGCCGGCGUCGCACCCUUGCUACUGUCGCAAUCGAAGCAUCUAUUUCGAAAUCCUUGGAAAGGGAAGCUUGACGGCGGAGGUUUCUGGAGAAACUAGAUUGACGGCGGCGAGGUGGAGGAAGGAGGCGGGACGGUUAGUCGGAGGGUUGUUGUUCACAGUGUUUCAGAUGUGGUAGACUACUGGGUAACAUUUAAUGAGCCUCAUGUCUUUUGUAUGUUGACAUACUGUGCUGGUGCUUGGCCUGGCGGUAAUCCUGACAUGUUGGAGGCGGCAACGUCUGCUCUACCAACUGGUGUAUACAAUCAAACCAUGGACUGGAUUGCCAUUGCACACUCAAAAGCAUAUGAUUACAUCCAUGAACACAGCAAAUUAGCAAAGCCACUUGUUGGUGUUGCUCAUCAUGUCUCAUUUAUGCGACCCUAUGGCCUCUUUGAUAUUGCUGCUGUCACAAUCGCCAACUCCAUGACUCUUUACCCCUUUAUGGACAGCAUAUCUAAGAAGAUGGACUAUGUUGGGUUAAAUUAUUAUGGGCAGGAAGCUGUAUGUGGUGCUGGACUAAAGCUAGUAGAGACAGAUGAAUACAGUGAGUCUGGACGAGGGGUCUAUCCUGAUGGCUUGUUCCGUAUGCUUCUUCAGUUCCAUGAGAGAUACAAGCAUUUAAACAUACCGUUUAUUAUUACUGAAAAUGGGGUCGCUGACGAAACUGACUUAAUCAGAAGGCCAUAUAUACUGGAGCACUUACUCGCUAUUUAUGGUGCCAUGAUUAUGGUUCUUACUGUGACUUUUCUCUGUGUAUAUUUCAAUUUUGAUAUGGUUUGA